AUGCCCCUCCAGUACAAACAGCCAGCCAUCUCCUACCAACCCAGACGACCCCGUGCCCUCUCCUCGGCCUCUGACAUCUCGGUCCCGAGCUCACUUUCUGCGCCCGACGCCGCGACCGUUCAUCCAGACUGGCACGACACCGCCCUCGACACCCUGCUCGUUGCUUCCGACGGGGUCUUCUUCUAUGUUUCACGCACCCUUCUCCAUGGAUCGAGCGAGGUCUUGCGAGACAUAUUCGAUUCGAUCCCUACCCCGUCCCCAGAGUCACCUUAUCGCCCCCUCUCUAAAGUCAAGACCAAACCCAAACCACCCCCUCAGCAACGCAUAGACUUGACCGAUCCUUAUGAAUCGUCGGUGCCCCUCGCAUUCUUCCUCGCCAUCCUCACUGGCACCUCCCUCUCCAAAAUCCGUCGCAAAUUCCCACGCAAACAAGUCCAGACUUUCCACCUCGCCCUCACCUUGGUGGACAAGUGGAAGUCUCCCCUCGUGAAAGGAGUCAUGCAAGGCUGGCUCUGUGAGCUCGCCAUGGGGGGUUAUGACGAUGAACAAUUCAGGCCGUAUGAGGUGUUUGUCUUGGCUGCGAAAGCGGGCAUGCCGACUCCAGCGCGCAUGGUGCUCGAAGAACUCUCCGAAUCGCCUCCCCAUACCCUGCCCACGCCAUUCAAACCCAUCACUGAUCAAUACUGGCACUACACUUUCACCCCCGAGAAUACUUGGGACUAUAACCAGUGGUCGCGCGGGGUGUGGGAAGAGAUUGGGGUCAAGUAUCUUUUUGCGAUGAAGGAGGCUUUGAAAUGCGAGGGUAGGAAGAAGAGGGGAGAGGUGUUUAUGAAGGCGUUGGAGGACGACUUUUACGAUCCCAUGGCGCCCGAGACGCCCAAGGCAACACCUCUUCGUCUCCGCUUUACACCCUCUACCGUCACCACUCCUGUUCGAGUCGCGCCUGUUUCCAGCUCCAUCAAGAGCCCCAAGAGCUCCAAGCGAAAGGAGGCAGACAAGUAUAUCAUGGAGUUUAUAGAGCAGUCGUCGUCCGUGGCCUCUGUGCCAUCAUCUGUGGCGUCAUCUGUGACAUCGUCCGAGAUAGCAGAGAAGAGCCACUCGAGUAGGAGCGAGAAGAGUGUGGCGUCUUCUUCGGAUUCGUCCAAAGUCCAGCUUCGUGGUACGUUGGUUAUCGCUAAAAAGUAA